AUGUCUUCUGUCUCUGCCUCUGUUUCUAUGCCUUCAGCUCUCUAUUUACUGCUAAAGAUGGGGGAAAGAUGUAGGAUCACCCUUGAUAUGUUUCCCAAUCAUCUUCUGGAUCUUGCUACCGCUGGGCAUACUGUCAUAAGAUUGUAUGCUAUGACACAAGAAGGAUUCCCUCCACCUACCUGCUGCUCCAAAUCUUUUUGCCAAGAGGAUUUACAAGCCAAGCUUCUAGAGAUUAACAGCAAUGAAGAAAUUAAAAACACAUUAAUUGACUAUUUCUGGGGAGAAAUUGUAGCCAAAGCUCAUCUCAUGAUCAAUGGUGCUUACCAUAUUCCUGGUGAUAUGAUGCCAGCUCAGAUCAAGACAGUUGUAACAUGGCUUUUAGAGAUUGGUGCAUUUGCUGAUGGUGAUCUUGAUAUCAAGGCCAGGGCCAGGACAUUUAACAAACAGAAACCUUUUUCUCAUCAGAUUGUCAAGGACUUAAUUCAUAAUCAGUGGUAUAAGUGUAAGGGUGAGGGUGUGUACUACCCUGAACAUUUCAAAGGCAUCCCUUUAGCCCUACUUGUAAUUACCACAGCAGCUCUGUUUAUCUUAUUAUGCUUUUGGAUUGAAUGUUCACUCAGAGCAUCUGUGAAUGGCACCAAGGCCACACUCGAGUUCUCAGAGAAUGUUUUCAAAACCAGGUGGGAAUACUACUUCAAAAAGUUAUCAGUUCUUCAGAGGAAAAGUCCUAUCUGGAUGAAGAAAAUUAGAGAUGGCUUGUACCAGGACAUUUUAAAUCUGGCAAAUCUUCAUUAUCUAGGGAUUGUUGAUGAUCAUAUGAAAGAUGAAGAUUUUGGUAUUGAUUUUGAAGCCCUAGAAGGCGCUGUUACUGUUGUUGAGCAUGCUGCUUGA